AUAUUUCACUUUCACUUUCAGUGAGCCUCGAGGCUGGACUGAGUAGGAGCUGGUCUCUUGGCUGCUGCUGCUGCUGGGCCAUCGGGCUUGGAUUAGACCCCGAACCGGAGCAGAACUUUGGAAUUGUGUCCUGAGAGCGGGCCCAGGGAGCUCCCCGGAGAAGGGGGCGGGGGAUCCAUGGGACGGACACCCCAGGACAGGGCGCUGGCACCAGGCUCACCGAGGCCAGCAGUUUGCCAAUGACCGGGACCUGGAGGCCCCGCUGAGCAGUAGAGGUCAGAGACCCAAUGCCCUGGGGGGGGCAGAAGCAGACACACUCUGCGGUCUGUUCUCAGGACCAUGCUCUGGAUUUUUGUCGUUUGCUUGAUAACACAACUGCCCCAUUCUGAAGCUGUAAAAUGCUACCCAGGCGAAUACGAAACAAAUGGCGAAUGCUGUCCCAUGUGCAGUGCUGGGAACAGGGUGGUCAGACAUUGCAGACUAAAUAGCAGCACAACUUGCAUGCCAUGUGUGGACGACACAUAUACAGAGCAUCCCAAUGGCCUAACGGAAUGCAUGAGAUGUAAACUGUGUGAUGCAGGAGCCAGACUGAUAAUAAAAGAAAAAUGCACAUAUAUGAAGAACACCAUGUGCGGCUGCGCCCCAGGGGAUUUCUGCAGGCACUUUGCAGACGGGGACUGUGAAAUGUGUAGUCCCUCCACCAUCUGCCUGCCUGGCUCUAUGGUGAAAGAACCUGGCACAGAAUUCCGUGACAACGUAUGUGAGGUUUGCCCUGAUGGAACCUUCUCAGCAACCAAGAUGUCACGCGCCUGUCAGCCAUGGACCAAGUGUGAAGAGGAAGGGAUGACAGAACUAAAGGCCGGGACAGCCACUUCUAAUGCAGUUUGUGUACAAAGAGGCCUUUCUGUCACAGCGAUGACAUCGAUAAUUGUCCUGGCAGUUUUAUCUGUAUUUGCUGGAACAGCGUUCUUUUUAUGGCGGAGGAAGAAGAGGAAAUAUGGGUUACCACCUGCACAGGAGACAGGGGAUGAGUCUAAAGGACAGGCAGAGAGAACUUUGUUGCAGACUUCAGAGAAUGGGACUGAAAACAUGCCUACUCAGGAACAAACAAAGGCAAGAGCAGAGGGGGAAGAAAGAAAGCCAUUGUCAGCCCUGCAUGUGUGAUUGGUCUGGAGGCUUCUGCAAAUCCCUCUUCAUUGAAUUUCAGCCAUCAUCAUCAAUGUAACUUUAGUCUCUCUGGCUAAGGCCUGGUAUGCUGAAAUCUUCCUCACUGACACAUUGUUAGGUGCAAUGUCUGCAGACUCUGGGCUCUUGGGGCAUGUCUACACUUGCCAUUUAAAGCACAAAAAGUCCCCGUUUUGCACAAAAACUGUGGGAGCAUCUACACUUGCCAGUGACAGAAGUUCCACCGCAAACAGAAAACCACCUCCACGAGAGGCGUACAGUUCUUACCGCUGAUCCUUUUGCGGUGAUGUGCAAGUGGGGACGCGUUCUUCCUGUGAAAAAAGCUUUUAGCCUCCAGAGAAUAUCCCACAGUGCCUAGGGUGAUCACUCUGGCCAGCAGCUCUGAUGCUCUGAGGCCAGGUAAACCGAUGUCCGCCCCUCCCCCUGUAAAGCCGCGGGAACUCCCUUUCCUGUUUUGUUUGCAAGUGCUCAUCUGGCCCAGUAACCUUGGCUGCUCCACAGAGCGAAGGAUCGCCCGCUUGGACCCUGUGCUCACCCCCCACUUACCACAAGACCUAUAGUCAAAAUGGAGAGAGCUGCACUGUGGGAUAGCUGCCCUCACUGCGCUGCUCUCAUCGGGGAUGGAAAUGCUGCAAAUGUAAACACUCUCUGAUGCCUGUGGAAGUGAGUACAGAAACCAGCACUUUUCUUUCACCGGUUCCCUAUCACCGGUGAAACUGUCAGCGCAAAAACUCAAGUGUAACCAUACCUUCCACGAACACUUACCUGGUAUCCAGGACUCUCUACUGGACCAGUUGCUCUGAUGACUAUACUGGACCAGGUGACCACGUAGUCAAUGUGGAUUUUAUACAUAGCUUCAGUUUUAUAACAGGGCCACAGAGAUGUUGUAUUGCUGUAAAUAUUAGCUCUUAAUAUACCUUCUCUCUGGGUGAGAUAAAAUCGCAGGUGAGAAGCAUGGUUGGAAAUAAAGCUAAACGUUUUUAAUAGUGAA